UUUUUCCAUAAGUCGGACGCCCGGGCGGCUUCGCCAAUCCAAAAGAUACAUAUUUAUCGGACUUGAGAGUCCAUGCUUCUUCGCUGUCAGCUAAACGGCAAAUCGGUAGAAAGAAACCCCCCCCUCCCUUCCUCCUACCUCUCUCUCUCGUCUCCUGAAAUAGGGAUUAUUAUUUUUAUUUGUAGUAGCUGAACUUUUGGCCUUUUUCUUUUUCCUUCCUUCUUCCUAUUAGCCGUUUUCAACUCUUUCUCUCUCUCUCUCUCUUUUUCUGCUCGGUAUUAUCUCGAUUAAAAGAUGAACAAAGAAACUGCCUUUGCCAACCACGUUUUAGCUUCAAUUCGGAAAGAUUUGGAUUUUCUGAAACAGCAUCAAUAUUUGACGCAACAGCAAUACGACGAAAUCAAGCGUAAUUUACCCGUCAAUGCUCCUUUGGCGGGUGGACCAACAGCAGCCAAUGCUGCCCGUGCCGUCGGCGGCGGCGGCGGUAGCCCUGGCUCGGCGCCAUCGCCAAACAAUGAAAAGGUCCUUUCUACCGCCGAAGCAUUGUAUCCGUUUGAUGGUCCUAACCCACAGGACUUGAGCUUUAACCAAGGCGACAUUAUCAGGGUUCAUGAAAAGGUGAACAAUGACUGGUGGCGAGGCUCGUGUAAUGGCAAGACCGGCUUGUUUCCCAGCAACUAUGUGACGGAAAAGCAAGCAGCAGUUCAUACUCCUCCCCCACCACCUCCACCUGCUACCAACACAUCGAUGCCAGGCACUCCAACAAUGCAAGAAAAAGGUGCUCCUCCUCCAUCGUACGGAGGCGCCGGUGGCUAUCCACCCGCACCAUCCUCUUACAACAACACUCCUCCCCCUUCGUAUGGGGCUCCACCCACGGCUUACCCGGCUUACUCCUCAGCGCCACCACCUCCGCAAUCCCAAAGCUAUGCUGCUCCUCCUCCACAAUCCCAAAGUUAUGCUGCUCCUCCACAAGUUGUACAGCAACAAACAUACAGCGCUCCACCGACACAAGAAGCACCCACUUCUUCUUCUUCUUCUUCUGGCCAUGGUAGUGGUAUGGGCGGAAAGCUAGGUGGCAUUGCUACUUCCGUGGGCUCCAACGUUGCAAAUGCUGCGCAGUGGGGUUUCGGUGCAACACUCGGUAGCGAAGCAGCUCACAGUCUUUUCAACUGAUCAUAUUCCACCGUUUACAUCUCGUCGUAAUACAUAUGCAAUAAACUCUAAAUUACUAACUUACUUGUUUCCCUUCUCCCUGUUACACAUAUACAAUGCAAUCCAGGCGACAUAGAAGCUGCGAUCUUGCUAAGCAGCUGUCGGCAUCGAUAUGUACAAACUUUGGCAAAAAUGUUGGAAGGAGGCAUUUUAAAAUUAAUGCGCCUUACUAUCGCGAAAUCUAGUGAUCAUCCUUUUGAG